AGUGUCCUGACCUGGUGAAAUAAGAACAGGCACAGUCUAUCCUUGUGCCGGUGUUGCACCGCUGCUUCCUGUCUAUUCUGAAGGCAUCACUAUCAGAGCAUUAAGAAGGAGGAGCUUCCACAGUCACAGCAGAUGAAGAGUCACUGAUAAAUCAAUCAGGAUAUCUGGCCUGUCCUCCAAAGAAAAGGAGCGGAAAGAAUGUCGGAGCGGGCCGCGGAUGACGUCAGGGGAGAGCCGCGCCGCGCGGCGGCGGCGGCGGGCGGAGCAGCGGCCGCCCGGCAGCCUCAGCAGCAGCAGCAGCAGCAGCAGCAGCCUCCGCAGCCCCAGCGGCAGCCGCCGCCGCCGCGGCGCCUACGGCCGGAGGACGGCGGCCCCGGCGCCGCCUCCACCUCGGCCGCCGCAAUGGCGACGCUUGGGGAGCGCAGGCCCCUGCCUAGUCCCGAAGCGAUGCUGGGGCAGUCGUGGAAUCUAUGGGUCGAGGCUUCCAAACUUCCAGGGAAGGACGGGACGGAAUUGGAAGAAAGUUUCAAGGAGUUUGGGAAAAAUCGCGAAGUCAUGGGGCUCUGCCGGGAAGACAUGCCAAUAUUUGGUCUCUGUCCAGCCCAUGAUGAUUUCUACUUGGUGGUGUGUAACGACUGUAAUCAGGUUGUCAAACCGCAGGCAUUUCAAUCACAUUAUGAAAGAAGACACAGUUCAUCCAAUAAGCCUUCCUUGGCCGUUCCUCCCACUUCAGUAUUUUCUUUCUUCCCUUCUCUGUCCAAAAAUAAAGGAGGCAGUGCAAGUGGAAGCAACCGUUCUUCUUCCAGUGGAGGUGUUCUUAGUGCAUCCUCAUCAAGUUCAAAGUUGUUGAAAUCACCCAAAGAGAAACUGCAGCUCAGGGGGAACACCAGGCCAAUGCAUCCCAUUCAGCAAAGUAGAGUCCCCCAUGGUAGAAUCAUGACACCCUCUGUGAAAGUGGAAAAGAUUCAUCCGAAGAUGGAUGGCACACUACUGAAACCUGCAGUGGGGCCAGCCUGUCCUGCUACUGUGAGUUCCUCAGUCAAGCCUGGCCUUAACUGCCCCUCAAUACCAAAGCCAACCUUGCCUUCACCUGGACAGAUUCUCAAUGGCAAAGGGCUUCUUGCAUCGCCUGCUCUGGAAAAGAAAUCUGAAGAUACUUCCAAUAACCGGAAAUUUUUAAAUAAGAGAUUAUCGGAAAGAGAGUUUGAUCCUGACAUCCAUUGUGGGGUCAUUGAUCUCGACACCAAGAAGCCCUGUACCCGGUCUUUAACGUGCAAGACACAUUCCUUAACCCAGCGGAGGGCUGUCCAGGGUAGAAGAAAACGAUUCGAUGUGUUAUUAGCCGAGCACAAAAACAAAACCAGGGAAAAGGAAUCGAUUCGCCAUCCGGACUCUCUGCAACCACCGCAGCCUCUCAGGGACCCGCAUCCCGCCCCUCCUAGAACGUCACAGGAGCCACACCAAAACCCUCACGGAGUGAUUCCUUCCGAAUCAAAGCCUUUCGUAGCUAGUAAACCUAAACCUCACACCCCCAGUCUUCCAAGGCCUCCAGGCUGCCCUGCUCAGCAAGGUGGGAGUGCCCCCAUUGACCCUCCUACAGUCCAUGAGUCUCCACACCCUCCCCUGCCUGCCACUGAGCCAGCUUCUCGGUUAUCCAGUGAGGAGGGCGAAGGCGAUGACAAAGAAGAGUCUGUUGAAAAACUGGACUGUCAUUAUUCAGGUCAUCAUCCUCAGCCAGCAUCUUUUUGCACAUUUGGGAGCCGGCAGAUUGGAAGAGGUUAUUACGUGUUUGACUCCAGGUGGAACCGGCUUCGCUGCGCCCUCAACCUCAUGGUGGAGAAGCAUCUGAACGCGCAGCUGUGGAAGAAAAUCCCACCAGUGCCCAGCAGCAGCACGUCGCCCGUCUCCACGCGUGUUCCUCACCGGACAAACUCUGUGCCGACAUCCCAGUGUGGAGUCGGCUAUCUCGCGGCAGCCACCGUCUCUGCAGCCCCGGUUCUGCUUCCUUCCAGCUGCAUCUCCCCUAGUGGCAAAUCGGUACCAGCCCAUGGAACCACACUGAAUGCACAGCCUGCCACUUCGGGGGCCGUGGAUCCCGUGUGCAGCUUGCAGUCGAGACAGGUGUCGUCUUCCUCCUCGUCCCCUUCCACGCCCUCCGGCCUCUCCUCGGUCCCUUCCUCCCCUAUGUCCAGGAAACCUCAGAAGUUGAAAUCCAGCAAGUCUUUAAGGCCCAAGGAGUCUUCUGGUAAUAGCACUAACUGUCACAACACCAGUAGCAGUACCAGUGGCGGCUCAGGAAAGAAACGCAAAAACAUUUCCCCACUGUUAGCUCACCCUUCUUCCUCCACCUCCACCUCCACCUCCUCCUCCUCCUCCUCCUCCUCCACCACGUCCUCCUCCACCUCCUCCACCUCCACCUCUUCUUCUCAUUCCAUGGAGUCGUUUAGGAAAAACUGUGUGGCUCACCCUGGGCCUCCCUUCCCCUCGGCGGUCACGUCUUCUCAUAGCAUUGGCCUCAACUGUGUGACAAACAAAGCCAACUCAGUGAGCGUCCGGCACGAGCAGUCAGGGAGGGGCCCCCCCAGUGGGAGCCCCGCCGAAUCCAUCAAGAGGAUGAGUGUGAUGGUGAACAGCAGCGAUUCCACUCUUUCUCUUGGUCCGUUCAUUCACCAGUCCAACGAGCUGCCCGUCAACUCGCACGGCAGUUUUCCACACUCUCACACUCCUCUAGACAAGCUCAUAGGAAAGAAGCGAAAGUGCUCCCCCGGCUCAAGCAGCGUCAGCAACAGCAGCAAGCCCACAAAGGUUGCCAAAUUGCCAGCCAUGAACAACGUCCACAUGAAACACACGAGCACCAUCCCAGGGGCGCCAGGACUGACGAACAGUUCCCUUCUGCACCAGGACAUCUCCUCACCCUGCUUACGAACAGGAAUGCCAGCAGCAGCACCCCAGAGCCCCGAUUUAAAAUCCAAAGGCACGUCCCUGACGGCUGACAGUAUCCCUGGGAGGAAUAACCCGGACACUUUUGAGGACAAGUUACACCUCCACUCAGCACUCUGGACUCCGCGAUGCCUUUGAGUCUGUCUGCCCCGCCUCCCGUGGGCUUCAAGGGUAGCAGCCUGCGGGCUGUUGUUUCAAUGAGGAUUUCCCUGGAGCUGUGUCUGUAGCAGUGAGUACUCCUAAAGGACACUGGAUCAAGUUCAGCCACCGAAUUGCUCUUAUCAGUGUUACAGUGGUCUGGACUGCUUGCUACCAAUCUGUGAGGAGUUUCUGUUCUUGUUGUUUUUUAACUUAUCCGUGGAGCCACUCUUUGAGUAGAUGGGCUGGGCAGAAGAGAAGAAUGUUUUGGCAAGAGCGUUACUGUAGACUGUUCUCCCUCUUCCCUCUCCCACCAGUGGUUUCUUCGUCGUCGUCUUUUUUUUUUUUUUUUUUUU